UCUCGCCCCACAUCCGAGCUCCCGUUCGCUUCAUCCAGCCCCGCCCCUUCCCCCCGUCUCCUCUCCGCGUGGGCUGGGACGCACCGCUUGAAACCCACGCAUGGUAGUCUACGCGCCGUCGCUAUGCUCCCCACGCGUCUCCUGCCCCGACGGCCCGAGGAUCCUCAUGCCGUCUUGGCUGGACUGUGCAAAGAGAUGACGGUGAACCUUUGGUUGCACGGCGCGGCGGCUCGCCAUGGGACUCGACGGUACGGUGGCCAGUCCCGUGACACCAUGCCUCUCCCACCUCUUUCGGUGGCUUUCUCUGCUGCCCCUGGAGCUCAACGUGGAGGGACUCGCCAUGCAUCGCGCAUCGUUCUGGACGCGGCUGCCCACAACCCUGCAAGUCGACUGUUCCAACGCCCACCAAGUGUACGACGUAAUGUUUGGACAACUGUAGGAUCCUCCAUGGAAUCUUCGAACAGAUCAAUGGAUAAAGCAAAAGAAAAUCCAUACGUGGUUCUGUCAGGCCUGCUGCUUCAGGUCAUCCUCCUCAAGAGUGUGAGAAGAAGCAGCUGCUGCAGAAUGCAUCGCACGCUAUAUACUCAUGGGUCUUCAGGACAGAGAUGGGAGGCUCUUCUACAAGCUCAUGAUCGACAUCAGGGAGCUGCAUAUCCUUAUUUAUAGAGAUAAUUAGAAGUUUGAGAGAAAUUUAGUGUGCUCUGCAUCUAAUUUCAGAGGAAGUACAUCUACUGCAUGCAAGUGGGUUCAUGCCAUUAUACAUAGCACGUUCCAGCUGUUAUAUAUCCUUACUUUGGGAGACAAUUAGUAGUUUCUGAGCAUAUAUUUCAUAGCACGAGCACAUAGCUAUGAGAGAUUAUUAGAGCAGUAGUUCUACCUACUACCACAUGUAUUUUUCCAUUGAUUGUACAAGUGCACAUGUACAUCUCUGAAUACAGAAGAACCUUAUUACUGAAGUUAUAGAACAGAGGUGGUGUUGCUCUAUAUAUACAGGCUAUUAUUUGCAUGCUUUGCUGAAUAAGUGCAGUUUAGAAUGAGUUGAAAUCUAAGAGCAGACAGUUGCAUGUUCGACUUCCGUUGUGCAGUACCAUUUCUUACUUCCAAUUCGAAUAGUUGUCCUUCAGUAUUUGCCUAGCUCUAAUACCAUUGCUCAGAAAAUACAUACACCUUUUUUAGUGUCUGAAUUUUAUUAUCUGUUGGUGAUCAGUUUUUCCUACUCUAGUUGUUGGAUGUGCUAUCCUCCCUUCUCACUCUCGGGCUCUAGCAGCAAAUGGACGGCAAGCAUCACGAAGCAGCUCAGCUCCAUCGCCUUCAGUGGUGGCAAGGUCUGUAUGCUCAGCCCAACCCCAAUGCUCUCUGUGCAUUUUAUUUAUACACCAAAAUAUACUGAAUGGAGGACAAGUUCUACUUUUUGUUAAUGGAGCUAGCUUGAUUGAUUUUUUCAGCAUUAGCUUGAUCAAUCUAAUCCCGGCAGAUGCGCUACUUUUUGUUCAUGCUCACGUGUAUUUGUGUUAAUGUCUGCAAAGGAGCAAGCGUACUAGAGGGAUGGUUGGAAGGGGAGUAAUCUGCUACAAUGUUUUACAUCUUCUAUAGUUAUUUUUUGAAUCUGUGAUAUAAUAUAUAAUGCAUUCUGUAGAAACCAAAAUGAUGUGCAUUGGAGCUUCUCUCUUGGUAUGAUUCUUUCAUUCGUUUCUUCUUUGAGGAAACUCCAUACUUGAAAAAUGUCUCUUCAUGGCUUCUUCAAAGUUUUUUCUGUAGUUUUCAGUCUUGGGUGCAUGCAGUUUCUUCAUGUCACGUCUGAAAUUUGGAGCCAUGUAUGUAAGUACAUUAUAAUUGGCAGAGCCUUCCCGGUUUAUGAUACUAAAUGAGGUACAUCUAUAUAUAGGUUUGCACUGUGUCAUUUUUUCCUGUGAUUAAUUGAUCUUCAUAGCAAGAAAAUCCUGUUUGAGGGAUAUUGUGCAUACUCUGACUUUCAGUGAUUUUUAUGAGAACAGGGUUGUCAACUAAUUAUUUUUAAAAGAAUUCACAAUGCAAACAAUGAUUUUAGCAAAAAUAUGCAACAGCUUUUCCGAUGUGCUGCCACUUCAGAUGUACCCCCAGCGUCCACACAGCGAAGAUCCUAUUAUCGCGUACACAGGAGCAAAACCACCUGAGUGUCCAAGAAUUUGCAAAAGCUUUAUAUCACUCUAUUACAUUCACUAAUAUUGCGGGAGGCUAUACCAGGAUGAUCUAAUUCAGUAAAAAAUAUUUGCGACAUCUUAUUGUAGUACAGUUGUAUGACCAUACACAGCCCUAUGUAGAGUGCACGGCACAUGGUUUUAAUAAGUACUCCCUCUGUAAACAAAUAUGUAAACAAAUAUAAGAGUGUUUAGAUCACUAUUUUAAUGAUCUAAACGCUUUUAUAUUUCUUUACGGAGGGAGUAGCUUUAAUUAGAGGUGUGCCAAUAUCAAUUGUUUGUCGGUGACUAUCGUGCAUGACUAUAAUAAAUGUACUUCUUCGAUAUCUUCAACUUUUAUAUAUAUUGGUGCUUCUCUUUAAUUGAUGGCAAACGAUACACAUAAAGCUACUGUACAUAUUUUAUCAACUUAUAACUAUCAUAGUUCUAUUGUUUGAAUCAUGGUCUACAUAGUCGCGACAUAUGACAGGCGUGGCGUGUCGCCGCGCGGGCUAAGCUAGUAAUACUCUACGUAUGAUUGUAUUUUCCACCCUUCGGGAGGCCAUCGCCAGAACUUCCUCCUUGUCUCUCUCCCUCUCUCUCCCUC